ACGAAUGAAAGUGAUAACACAAAUUAUCAAAACAAUUAAUUAGAAUUUUCCGAAUUUUCGUAUUUUAUCCUGUUUCUCGUCCCAAAUUUAAUCAAUUCUCUUGAAAAACUUCACUCCGCUGCGAACUGGCAACAUGGUAAAGGAACGAGAUUUGCAACGAAUGCUGAGUCAAGCGAAUUACAAACAGCCAGAAGCAACUAAAAAGGACAUUUUAGAAGCAGUUAAUCAAUAUCGGGCAUUAGAUGUUCAAACAGAGCAUUUUGUUUUCAACGAUGGUUCGUCAAAAGAACUCGUAAAUUUGCAAGGAACAAUUCCCGUCGUCUACAAAGGCACGACUUACCAUAUUCCGGUUUGCAUUUGGAUUGUCGACACACAUCCGCAUAACGCUCCCAUGUGUUACGUGAAACCGACUGCCGACAUGCACAUCAAAGUGUCGCGUUUUUGCGAUCACAAUGGAAAAGUUUACUUGCCUUAUUUGCACGAUUGGUCUCCCUCGGAGUCGGAUUUGUUGGGAUUGAUUCAAGUGCUAAUUAUCACAUUUGGGGAGUAUAUGCCGGUUUAUUCGAAGCCCAAGAAUCAAAUUCCGCCGCAAACGACGCCGUAUCCGAGUCAACCGUAUAUGCCGCAACCGCAAGCCGGAAGCUUUGGAGGGUAUCCGGGCGUUGGGUAUCCGCCUGUUCAACCAAAUCCGACAAAUACUCCGUAUCCUCCGGCUUUUCCGGGUAUGCCGUCGCCCUUUAUGCCCAUGCCGGGGGCACAAGCAAGCGGAUAUAAUCCGAAUCCAUAUAAUGCAGGAACAAUAACCGAAGAACACAUAAAAGCAUCGCUCAUUAGUGCCGUCGAGGACAAAGUUCGUCGUCGUUUGCAGGAACGCGUUAAUCAAAUCCAAGCCGAGAUCCAAACUCUCAAUCGAACAAAACAGGAACUCUCCGAAGGACAAAACAAAAUUAAAGAAAUCAUCCGAAAAUUGGAAGCAGAAAAAGUUGAACUCACAAAAAGCUUGGAAAUUUUGAAAGAAAAAGAUGCCGAAGUCGACAAAGGCUUGGAAUUGGCCGAAAAAGCGGAAGAAGUGAACAUUGACGAGGUCGUUGUGACAACAGCUCCGCUUUAUCGACAACUCCUCAGGGCAUAUUGCGAGGAAGCGGCAAUCGAAGAUGCGAUUUAUUAUCUCGGCGAAGCAUUGCGCAAAAAUGUCAUCGACUUGGAAGUGUUCCUGAAAUACGUUCGACAACUCGCUCGUCGUCAGUUUACGUUGCGCGCAUUGAUGCAAAAGUGUCGACAAAAGGCAGGACUUGCUUGUUAACUUGCUGAAUUUAUGAAUUACUCUAAAAAAAUUAAUAAAGUUACACGUA